UAAACGGCAUCCACUUUUGGUUCAUUCAUCCAAUCAUCAACAUGAAGGCUUUUGUUGCUAUCAUCUCCGCUUUGGCUUUGGCCACCGCUGACCAAUCCAGCCAUCAAACCAUCAAGCACGGCAAUGCUCCGGCUGUCCACUCCUCCAUCCACAAGCCCCAUGGUGGCUCUCAUGCCCAUGUGGUGAGCCAACCCUCCGCUCAGCCCAAUGAGGUCAACCAGGCCUACAACGAGGAGAAGUACACCGCCGCUGCCCACGCUCCCAGCCAUGAGGUCCGCACUCCGGCCUACCACCCAGCCCCCGCUUACAAACCUGCCCCCUACCACCCAGCUCCCGCAUAUAAGCCCGCUCCUUAUCACCCUGCUCCUGCUUACAAGCCUGCCCCUGCUUACAAGCCCGCCCCUGCUUACAAGCCCACUCCAUACCACCCUGCCCCCUCUUACAAGCCCGCCCCUUAUCACCCCGCUCCCGCUCAUGGUCAUGGUGAUGAGUAUGAAACCGCCCCCGUCUACCAAUACGGUUAUGCCGUGGCUGAUGACUACUCAGGUGCCAACUUUGCCCAAAACGAGAACCGAGACAACUAUGCCACCAACGGUGAGUACCGAGUGGCCCUUCCCGAUGGUCGCACCCAAAUUGUGAGCUACAACGUGGCCGAUGCUUAUUCCGGUUAUGUGGCUGAUGUCAGAUACGAAGGAGAGGCCAAGUAUGAGCCAUACCACCCAUCCCCCAAGCCCGCUUACCACCCAGCUCCCACUUACGCCUAAACGCCUAAGCCUAACUUGUUGAUGAUAUUUAUUGCAAAGCAUAUUUAUCAAUUAAACUGGAAUACCUCGUAA